AUGUCGACGCAUUCCCUCGACGGACCAAGCUUUCUCGAUCAGAGAUCUCAUAGUAGGCUUGGUGAUAUAAUAUCCGAGGAUUCUUCGGAGCAUGAGCUCUUUUGUCCUUUGACGGGCUUCAACCCGUUUGAUAUCACCUCAAAUAUUCAUGUGGAACCCAUCAACUGGGUCUCAUUGCAACAAGUUUACCCCAGUCUAAGUGCACAUGGUGGGCCAACCUAUAUCUACCCAGCUCAAUCUUACUUUGCAUUGGGAACUUCUAGAGGAUCGAUUUUAAUUUUCAAUUACAAACAGUUCCUACAGACAACGCUAAUAGUGCCAGAAAUUGAUCUUCGAUCUGAAGUUACUCAAAUUUGUACUUCAUUCGAUGGGACACAUAUUGCAGCAAGCUACAAAUCUGGGGAUGUUGCAAUUUGGGAUCUUAAUCGGAACAUAGUUGAUAGCGAUAAUUCGGAUCAAUCUCAAAAAGUUGCAUCUAUUUUGCAUAUUACAGAGCAUUGUUCUGAAAAAAUUGUGGGAAUCGGUUUUGUUGGCCACAGGCAUACUGCAAUUGUGGUGGGGGAUUUCUCUGGUAAGGUCCUUUAUCAUAGUGGAUUCAGAAAUCAUCUCUGGCAGAUGUCUUAUAACAGCAAACCAGUUAUGCAUUUUUCAUCGUCCGAAGCUAAGCUUCUCGAUAUUUCGGUUUCUCCCCCACUCUCUGACUCGAAGCUCUCAGAUUUGCAUCUAAUUGGUAUUCUCUCCAAUCGUACAUUUGGUUUGAUUUCAACAAGUGGCCAAUUGAUGACACACUAUUUGGAGAAAGUUGUGACGUACCAAGGAGAAGAGGGACAUAUUAGCUGGAAUUCUAAGACCAGUGGAGUUGCUUACGGAAUAGAUUGUUCACUUACUAUCCUGCGAUUAUCUAGUGACAGAAUGGGGCAGACUUUGACAGUUGUGCAAAGGAUGACAUGGAGAUGUCCCGAGUCUAUUAAGAGAGUUGAGUGGGUUCUAAACGAUCUCCUUGGUAUUUUAACAGUCUCUAACGAAUUUCUGAUCGUUAGUCCAAUUGAUGAAUUCAAAAUAAUAAACAAUAUCGAUCUUUUACCGUUUGAUCCACUUCCACCUGUUAACAAACAUUUUUCAUGUAUGAACAAACAGCUCUUUCUGCUGACAAAUUAUUCCUUGAGAAUUGGCAAGUUUGUGUCUUGGUCUGAUAUUAUCUUGCAUUAUGUUCAACGUGUGGAUUAUAUGAAAGCUCUGGAAGCAAUUGGGUUUUUUGUGUCAACUCAAACAGCACUAGCGUCUCUAUUGGGAUUACAAGAAGACGUCACGAUCCGUAAGCAGCAGCUUGAAAAACCUUUCAAGAAUGUAUCGUUGGCUAGUAUUCGUUUCCUUCUUAAUUCCGACAGACCAAAAGAAAAUUCAGAUAAUGAGCUUUUCAAAUUGUUCAAUUUGAUAAUCAUGGUGGAUAUCAUUUUGCUUGAUGGUGAAUAUCAAUCUGAUUCUUUAGCGGAGGAAAUCAUUGAACUGCUCAGUCAGAGUCAAAAGAAAUUCUUCUUCGAUGCUCUUUCAAAUCAGAUUUUCAAGGGACGGGUGAGAUCGCUACCACCUGUUCUUUUGACAGAAGUAUUGACUUACUAUGCCGAAGUUAAAGACAAAGAUACCAUAGAGCGUUUGGUUCUUGUUCUAAAUCCACAAUUUCUUAAUAUUGACUUGGCAGUAAGGCUUUCCAAAAAGUUUGAAAUGCAUGAAACCCUCCUCUAUGUUUGGAAUACAGCUUUAGACGAUUACAUUACACCGUUUAUUGAUUUGCUUUACAAGAUCACAGGUCAAGAUGCAAAUUGCCUUCUUUUCAGGGAUGCUUCACUAUCCUCUGGUGAACAGAUCUAUGAUUACCUUUGUUUCAUCUUGACAGGCAGGCAGUAUCCUAAAAGUCAAUUGAUAGAGCCAAUUGGAAAAGCAAAUGAAAUAAAGCUGAGAAUAAACUACAUUCUCUUCAGCGGCACACUAAUUAAUUGGCCUCUUGAAUCGCACCACAAGCUUCACACCUGCAUGAAAAGCUCUGAAGAACCUGCUUUUCCCUACAUGAAUGCUCUGUUAGCGUAUAAUCCUAGAAACUUUCUAUCUGUAUUAAAUGAAAUUCUAGAGGAUCCAUUUUUAGAUGAUGAAAAUACUACUCCAGAUGAAUUUGCUUUGAAUAAACCAACCUUUGCAAUGAAAGUCAACAGGCAGUACAUUAUCGAUAUUUUAACUGACAUUCUGCGUGAAUCCUGCAUUAAUUUGCAUCAGGUAUUAAUAGCUAUAUUCAUCAUGAGAAACAUUUCAAAGUAUCCGCAAUACGUCAAGCUUUCAAAUAAGACGCUUAACGAUUUAAUAACACUAGUAUGCGAUUGUGAUGACGCUUCCCUCCUAGGAGAAGCCCAACGCAGCUUAGAAUCACUUUUUGCUGUUCACAAGCCUUCUAUUUCAAAAAGGUUUAUAAGUCUUCUACAGGAAAGGGGAUUUGAUCGUGCUCUAUUUGUAGUUUACCGGCAAUCCAAUCAAUAUUCAAAAAUGCUAGACCUACGUGUUCAUUCGCCGCAGCUUAAAUCAUAUCCGUUGUCACUUUAUGAAGUGCUAGAUGUUUGUAUCAGGGCAACUAACCACGAUUCUAUCGAAAGGUCAUUAACUGUUAGUGUAAUUCGUGAAAAUUUAGAAAUGAUUGCACAUGAAGAAACAAAACUGGUUGUUAAUCUUAUUGAAAGUCUCCACGAAGACCUUCACGCUGGUGUUUUGGAAUUUAAAAGCGAAACAACGCAAAGGUUGUAUCUCCAAGAGCUUUUCAAAGCAGAUCAUGGCCUUCGCGUUUCAAAUAAAGAAAUGAAAUACUUAUAUGUGAAGUUGAUGUGCAAGAGCGGGUUUUUUGAGGAACUACAUCAAUGGCUGUGUUCCUUGGACCUUAACACUAUUGAAGUCGAGAAACUACUUUGCAUUCUCAAAGAACACGAAGACCUUGAAGGUGUAAUUACAGUGCAAAAGCGUCUUGGAAAUUUCUCCAAGGCAAUUGAUGAAGUCAUUAUUUUCACCAAUGAAACCUUUGUGAAUUGCUCGCCAAUAACAAAAGCAGGCAUUCAAAAUUACAUUGAUCUGGCUAUUGAGAUUUGUGCAGAAUCGGAUCGAAAAGAACAAGUAGAAUGUUGGGUCAAACUUCUUGUUUUCUUGAUUGUAAGUUAUGGUGGUGAUAAUGAACUUAUGAAGGAGGUUUGCAGUACUUCGCUUCAGGUUGUCUUCCAUAAAUUAGCUUUAUUGCCACCUUCUAAGAAUCAAAAGGGAGAAGAACAGCAUCUUGGGGGGGUUUUAACUGCGGCAUUAGAAAAACAGGAACUGAUUCUGAUGAAAGUUAAAGAUAUGAGACCUGUUCUCAACGAUAUUUUUAUCUCUUAUCAACUGGAUGAGAAUCUUCGAAAUAAAAUUCUCAAGAUUAUUAAUGACUCCUCAUUGGAUCUUGUAUCGAAAUACCAUGGCGAAUUGGACUCAGGAUGGUCAAUACAAAAGUCUGAAUGUGAGAUUUGUGGCAAAGUCGCCUGGGGAAUGGGUUUAGAUUCCGAUGCUUUCACAUUGUGGAAAAAAGCGAGGGAGAAUCAACAAACGAAAGACGUAAAUGAACAGGAAGAAGCCUACGCUCUGGUAGUGUUCAAAUGCCACCAUGGAUUUCACGUCAAAUGCAUGGAAAACUUAGGGCAAAAGAAGGGAGUAUUCUCUUGUCUUAUAUGUGAAUGA